AAUCGGGAACGAUUUCGAACACAGCUGUUUGUUACGCGGUAGAGGUGCCGUAAAGUGAUAGCCAUGACACAUGCGCAGUACGGAUCUGGUAGUGACCUUCUUAUGAUGGUUGAUGCUGGAUCUCACAUAGUGAAAGCCAGGAGUUUGUUUCAUAUUUCGGCUAUUACGACGUCUUUCGGGCGAAGUAUACAAUUAUAAUGGCUGGCAGUAGGCUCGAGAAGUUUGGAACAGUAUUCACACGAGUUCGAGAUCUGAUGCGCUCUGGGGUCAUCCAAGACACACCCACCUGGUAUGAGGUAUUCAAGGCUUUCCCACCCAAGAAAGACCCCGUCUAUGUGAAGCCACAGUAUGGCUUUUACAAGAAAGAUGAAUUUGUGGCCGAUAUAUUUUAUGAGGAGGACAAGAUAAGAGCGAAAUUCUACGAAAUGUAUGGGACUGGGCCCAGACUUCUUGACCUCUCCAAAUCAAAUUAUACCUCAGCAUGUCAAAGGUUUUUGGAAACGUAUUCAAGGCUUGAAAGUCUUGGAGAGCUAGACAUGUCUGCUCUGUUCGAAGAGACUGGCAAGAUACUGCUGGCAGAGGGCCUUGUGCUAAGGAGAAAAGGAGCACCUGUGUUGUCCUCUGAGUACAGAGAUCCCGUGCUGGAGUUAAAGUUGACAGACAUGCUGGCAGAACAGCAGUCGGGCAGUGCAGCUGAGAAACAGUAAUCGAAGGAACCCAUACAUGGACAUCUCCAUUCAUUGUUAUUCUUUUUUUUAUUACUGAUAAUUGUGAUCCAAGUAUUAUGAUGAAUGCUAGAUGAAGAUGGGCACUGUUUAAACUCAUUUGUGGUUUUCAAUGUACAGAAUUUCAACAAAAUUUGAGCACCAAGUGGCCAGGCAAGACAUUAUCUCAAUAUCGCUAUCUUACAAUGUCUGUUUUAAGGACAUGUAUACAAAUAAAGCAUUUUUUAUGGACAUUAUUGCAGUUGACUAAGCAUUUCAAUGGAUACUUAAAUUGUGAGCAGUACUUAUACAAGACCUUAUCCAUGUUUAAGUGAUUUUAUGCGUUCUCCAAAACGAAUGUUUUAUUGAAUCUAUCAAUGCAUUCUAGAAUCAUUGGUUUCUACUUAAAUGUAGAUUGUCAAAUAUAUAUGAUCUGAAUAUAACAGCCAGCCAAGGAUAGCUCCUACAGCAUGGUUCAUUAAGAGGCAAAAAAACACAGGGAGCUAUCGCUCUUCUCCAUACGAUACUGCAACCAUGCCCAUUUAAUCCUGUACAAAUAUCUGAUGAGCGAAAUAAAGGCCUAGCUGUUAUAACCAGAACUGUCUUAGUAAACAAAAUCUUCAAACUGAUGGAUGAACAUUUGCUAAUUUGUGGAUAUUUUCAGUUUGGAUUUGGGAUUGUCCAGGGCCUUUCGGAGGCAAACAAGGUUCAAUACCUUUUGUAGGGCUGAAACGUCAUAUUUUCAAGAAUGACACCAUUAUCUUGAUACUUUUUAUUUUUAAAUUCAUCUGUACAACCAGGAAUCAAAUGAGCCUAGCAGAAAUGACCUGUACAUGUAUGAUAAAUGCUUCUGGUCAACAUAGCUGGAAACAGUUAAAUAAUCAAAUGAUUACAUUGUCUAACCAAGUACACACUUAAAACCAGUGCUGCCAAUGAAAAACAUGAAGCUUCAAGGCAGGGGCAAAACAGAAAAAUGUUCCCUUUAGAAUACAGCUUUUAUACAAAAGUAUAGUUAAAUUUCAUUAUUUACACCAAAACUAAAUGUCAACAGUUCUAGGUUGAUUUCGCAUGAAAAAAAAUUCAGUGGAUAGAACUGCAUUGGCAGUAGGCUUUGGGUAAUAGCGCAUCAGUGUGUGUCAGGGGGAAAGCAACACAGGUCUAGACAUUUUUUGAAUAAAUUGAGAGCCCCAUAUCACUGAAAUUAAAAACCUUUGUCCCAAUUGAUUAACAGUUACAUUACAUCUGCCAAGCAUCGACAUUUGGGGCACAGUAUGAAUGACCAGUUUCCCUAGUUCAGAGAUCGACAUGUUCGAGACUCAUUUUGUGUUAUCCAAAAAACGAAUGCCUUUUAUUUUAGAAAAUAACUAGCAUUCCCAUUAAGCUCAUCUACCAUAAACUGCAAUAAACAGUGUAUCUUAAACUACCUAGACUAAUUUGUGAGACUGGGCUUACAACCCAAAAUAAAAUAAAUUGCUGCUGGCGCACUAAUGGAUAAUACGUUAACAGCCCAAGGUUAUGGGCUUGUUGCGGUUAUCCAAAGUGAGACCCAGUGUGAUAUAUACUGUAUAUCAUGGUAUGUAGUAACAUAGACAAAGCCAUCUCCCCUUUGCUUGAAUAACAAUGUGGAUUGGCUUUGACAUGGAGUUGUGUUAGGCCGCAAACUUGCAAAAUUUGUGUCGCAACGCUGACAUGAGCCAUCCCUUUCUAGUUCUUUGAAUGUACACAUAACUUGAAAUGUAUAUUGUAAAUUAUUAUGUCAAAAGGAUUGCCAGCUCUUCUCGAUUUCACAUGCAAACUGAAGAUAUGGCAUGGACUGUGUAAAUGUAUCAGGCUUCAGUAAACUAGGCAUAUCAACACCUCUUUUGUCUGCGGUUAAAAAUAAUCUCAAAUGAACUGUUCAAGCAAAUUUAGAUAAAUGGGAAUAGAAAGGCUCUUGAAAGCCUGGCAUUUUUAUGAGAGCUGACCAGAUGAGGCUCAUUCUUCCUAGGUCCACAAAUCUCUAUAGUAUGGCUCCUGCAGUGGAUGAAAUUAACACAUUUUAUCUGUGAUGUCACCAUUUGUGCCACUCCUAGAUUGCAAUCAUUAGAAAGAGAAGGAAGACAAUUGAAUGGAAAAACUCUGAACAAGUUUAACAUUAACAAACUGAACUGUAAAGUUAAUAAACGCUUGACAAAGUGUGCCGUUAACAUUCAAAGACUGACGUGCCACCCCCAAUCUUUUUUUGAUGAGUUAUGUUGCAUUAAAAUGACAUUAACCUGCAAAGCAAGAUACAGUGAGGAAAAAGGCAUGUUUGCUAGAAACCAUAGAUCAUGAUCAUUUGAUGCUCAUUCAUUACUGAGGCCUUGGGGGAGACUUAAAUAGGACGGAGAGAAAGCAGUCACAUUACCUUUUAUUUUUGUUACAAUAUCGAUUUUUUUUUAUUUUACAAGCACCAUUUUACUCUUGAAGUUUAAAGUUGUGAAGGAUGAGUGGGAAAAAAAAUAAGUGUUUUACUCGGAAUCAGUGCUUGGUUUCAGGUAGCAUAUACAUCACUCCCAAAAAAAUUAAAAUAAACACAAAACAGUAUUUUGCAUGUCCAAAAGUUUUCUGUAUCAUCAAUUUGGUGCCUUGGAGUGUAGCCAGGAUCAAAAGCUGUCAACCCAAGUGCUGCAUCCUCUCUCUGCCAGUGUGCGGUUAAUCGAAACGAGCUAGAUAGGAGGGGGAGAUUUUAUUUUUGUUAUUUUUCAGUGUCAAUACAUUUUAGGUAGAUAGACCUAGAGUAGCAGUUUAAUUGGGCCGCAUACCUCAUCUCCAACCAUGUUCCACA